UUGCUAAUGUCAGUACGUAUCAAGUUGGUAACACUAAAUUUUCGCUGACGAAAAUUUCGCUCUAUUUUUAUUUCAUCAGCGAAAAUGAUAUAUGAAGAAUAUGUGUAUGAAUCAUAUUGACAUUCAGUUCGCGUCCUCCACUGUUUGUUUGUGGUUCAAUUUGUAUUUGAAUGAAAACGGGAUAUGGAAGAAGAAACAUAUUUUAUUACUGAAGUAGCUAGUGAAACGGAAGAAAAACCAUUGAUAUCGAAUAGUAACGACAAAGUGGAAUCGAACGGAAAGUCUGCAGAUCUCCUUUUUAUAAAGAAUCGUAACAGUAGAAAAUCAAGGAUUGUGUCCAUUGCUGAGAAACGAUUGUUAGCCAAACUGGUUGAGAAAGAGCCGGCACUGUGGGAUAAAAAUAAUGAGCUUCAUUUCCAUGGUCCUGCUUUAUUAGCGGCUUGGCGAAAAGUUUCUAAGCAAAUGCCCGGCCGUGAAGUGGCCGAAUGCAAGAUAAUUUGGAAAAGUUUGAAAGAUGCAGUCAGAAAUCGGAAAAAUAAAAUUGCACGGGCAAGUGACGGUGCGGACGAAUCUCGAGUUAGGAAAAAUGACAACGAUAUGGAUUGGGAACUCGGUGAUUGUUUGACAUAUUUAAUGGAUGAACCGAGUUCAAUUUCCAGACUUCAUCAGAGAUCGUUUCCAAUGGAAUUUGAAAAUUCUCAAACAUCUGAGAUGCGAAUUAUUUCGGUUGAUUCCGCUAACAAAACUCCAUCAAUUGAUAAACGUACUACAGCGAAUUGUAACGACGACACAUCUGCAUCUGAAUCAGGUUCUAUUUGCACGGCGGAAGAUAAACAACAGGAAGCUGAUCCUCUUUUCGUUGAAUCUAUGGUGAACAUGGCAAAUAGCUUCAAAGAACUUACGAAAGAAGUCACUCAGAAACAAGGGUGUUGUGAGAAGUCUCCACUAAAAUUCGAUUACAUCUGGCGAAAUUUGGACGUGUUUUUUCACAAAUUGCCGCCUGAAGAUGUUGAUGAGCUAAAUUUUAAGUUUAUUCAAAUGGCAUACGAACGAGUUAAGAAAGCUAGAGAUUCGUAGAGGAAGCAGAAUAGUUUAUCUGAAACAUGUAAUGAGACUUUCUUUGUAUAAAUUUAUUCACAAUUGGCACUCAAGGCACUUGAGACAGUCAUAUCAAGCUAUAACAUUAAAAUCGAUUCAAUUUAAACGACCUGUUCUCAAUAAACAAAAUUGUCAUCUAAGACGGACUUGACUGCUGAUACGAACACGGUGAACUGAAAACCUUUUUCACUGAAGUGCGCCAAUAAAAGCCUCGUAACGUUUAGUAUUUCUGUGUCUAAUUAUUUAUUCCAUUUGCAUAUCAAGACGUAAUACGACAAACACUUUACAGUGAGCUAUUUUAUUCGCUUUUAAAUUUUACCUAUACUGCACUGCAUACGUGUGCGUUAUAUCUUAUCAGACUUACAGCUAUAAUCUCGAGUAUACGCUCACAUUUCACUUUAAUUAAGUAUAGGCAUUGGAUGAAAAAGCUAUUCAAUAUCAAUAUUUUGAACAUUAUCAGAGAGUCACAGACCAAAACUCUUUUGUUUCUUUCAAUAUGAAAUCGAAGUUUUAGUUCCGUGUUGCAGUCAAAGAAAACGAUUCAAUUUUUAUUAGUUUGUAGGGCACGAAAUUAGACCAAUUAGCUAUGGAAGCGAGUACCUAUGCAUGGGCUGUGAUUUUAACAUUUUUCGUAUUGUAUGGAUCGAUUCAGCUUCGAAAAUGCUUUCUUCAGAUGUUAUAUUCGGGCGAACGGACUGCAUCAACAAAUCGAUUGUCCAGCAGCUCUGUGUACACGAUUGAAAAUGAUAGUGUCGUAAGAACGUUCCGAAACGAUCAAGAUUCUUUGGGAUGCGUAAAUGGUUCGCAUAAGGAUAAAGACGACCUACCCACCUACGAUCAAGUUAUUGCUUUAGACAAACUCAAUCCAAUAAACCGUUUAUCGUCAUCGCCAGAAAUUAUCUCGACGUCAGAUGUACCUGUAGCAACACGAUCUUCAAAUGUGAUCGCAUCAUCAAAUGUAAACAAUGAUAGAUAAGUGAAAGGCCAUCACAGAAAUCUUUGUAUAGUAGAAAAAACGUAUCAUUUUAUUCACAGCUGGACACAUACAAGCUAAAUGUGUAAAUUAAUUUAAGUUCUUAAAGAGUAAAAUAAAAUUUAGGACCAUUGUUACAA